CUAUGUUGACACCGGCAAUAAAUGUCGUGGCCUAUGACGAAGUCUAGGUGAGAACUAUGGCAUUCUAAUUAGCCCUGCUUGGUUUGGCUUUAGAAAAUUAUUCGUAACAGGGUCAAGAAACGUACUCCGUUGAGACUGACAAUUGCUUGAUGAAGCUAGAAGUGUUCCGCAUUCCAAGCUGAUCUGUCCGAAAACGGCUGCACCUAACACAAAGGAGUUCGCCAUAACAACACAUUAGUAUUAUGAGACUAAUAUUCCUUGGUAUACUACUGACUAUGUAUUAGAAUUGGCUAGAAUUGAAGACGUUCGUCUAGUUGACGGCGUAUACAUAACGCCGUGUCUGUUAGGCCUUUCCUUAGCUCACUACUAUACCGAUGGCGCACGAAAGUGGCCCUAUUCGGAACAUAGGAUUUGCACCAGACCUGCCAUCCUCGCCAUGGGCGACACGAUUUCCUAGCAAAUUGGGGCUGAUAUCAGGGAAAAGUGUGAACCAUUCUGCACUCGUUCCGUUUCCAAGGGUAGACGAUCCAGUAUACUAUGACCAGGAUCCCGUCGGGGAGCAUCCCCGUGAUGAUGCAGAACUAGAUAAAGGCUUGAUUUCCGAGGUUUUUCAGAGGAACAAUCUCAUGGGGUUAUUGACAUGGGAAGCCGCAGUGAUCAAUCGCCACCUCUUCUUCUCUCCGGGCGCUGGUCCUAUAUCUGGGGGUCAUCAACUAAUAGACAAGCAACCAAGCGGUGACGCAGCUCUAGGAACGAACGAGGAAAGGAAUUUUUCGGUCUAUCAACGCGAAAGGAUCAAAGUCGACGAAACGAAAUGGUUCCAUUUCCUACGAAAAGAUAGGUGGUUCGAUUGGUCUGGAUUUGAUUCGGACUUCUCGAAGCAACAGAGGAGACACUGGAGUGUAGAUGACCCGAAGAUUUGGGAAUUCCUCAGAGUUAGCCUUGAAUUAGCGAAUCGGAUGCUGAAAUCACUAAUAAUGGACAGAAAUGAAGGGGCUACAAACAUUAUUGUUCGGCCCACUAGAGUUUUGGACAAAUUUCAAAGACAUAUUUGCUCCGCCUCCAUUCGGUAAAUACGACACGAUUUUAAUGACUUAUUCUUUCUCACAGGAAGUUUUCCAAAAAAGGGGUCAACCUUUCCCAUAUGAUAAUUUUGAUACAAGCCCAAGUAAUGAAUGGGAAACCAAGCUAGAAUCGCUUCUAUCUCGACUUGUUUCUUCAUUUGCGGACAUGCCUACCGUA